CACCCUCGCCUCCGACUGGUAUCCUCGCUUACUGUCUGCUUGGCCCAGGUCACGGGUGCCUUCUCUGCUCUAGGGUCUCUCCGGAGAUCCCUCCUGCCCCUGAAGCUUGGAUACAGGGAGUCCCCGGGGACUAGGCUUGACUCAGUUCUUCUCUGUGUUCCUCCCCGAGACAACCUGGAGCAGAAGAUCCUGCAGGUGUUGAGUGAUGCUGGUGGUCCUGUGCAGAUCGACCAGCUGUUGAAGAAGUUACAAGUGCCCAAGAAAACCCUCAACCAAGUCCUUUACCGCCUGAAGAAAGAGGGCCGAGUGUCCUCGCCGGCGCCAGCGACGUGGUCCUUAGGUGGAGAUGGGGCUUCCGGAGAUGGGGCUCCCGAGAUCCCCGAGGACUCCGCUGCCCAGCCUAGCCUUGAAGAAAGGAUAUUAAGAUUCCUGGAGACUAAAGGGCCCCAGAGGGCCCUGCAUAUCGCCAAGGCUCUGGGAAUGACGACGGCCAAAGAAGUGAACCCAAUCCUGUAUUCCAUGAGGAAUAAGCACCUUCUGACCGUGUCUGACACACAGAUGUGGACCAUCUACCGCUCAAGCCAGGAAGGCCAAGAGCGAGCUUGUUCCCGAGUCGGACAAGAGUCCCCUGCGGUUAUUUACCAGCAAAAUCCGAUCAACAUGAUCUGCCAACAAGGACCCAACAGCCACAUCUCUAUUGCCAACUCAAAAGCCAUCCAGAUUGGCCAUGGGAAUGUUAUGUCAAGACAGACAAUCUGUGGUGACCCAGGUCCCGGGACUCCUCACCACACCCCUCUACCCGUGCUAGAGGAUGCUGCUGCUCAGGACACGCCCCCUUGUACCCACGGAGCUCAACUCAUCCACCUGAGCAAGUCCAUGCUCCGAAGUGUGCAGCUCGGCCACGGCAACGAGAUGAACCUCGAGAGGGAUCCAGUGGAACACCCUGCUUCCAGCUUUAAUGGCAACCCCCCAGGUAUGUCAACCACCACUGCGGACCCAGAAACUGCAUUCAACAUGCAAACACCUGAGCCAGGCCCUCACCCUGAGGGAGGCACAACCCAGAUAGUCCACAUCGAAUCCUGCUUGCUAGAGGACGCGACCGUCGGCAACAACAACAAGAUGACCAUCCACCGUAGGUCAAAGGGUGGAGCCAAGGAGUCUGCAGACAGCCAAGAACUGAAAGAAGACACAGGUGCAAGUUCUGAAGCCACGCCACCCAGAAGCUGCUCCAACACACCCAGCGACUCCACCCUGCUCACCUCUGAGCUGACGGCUAUGGCUCUGGGAGACGGCAGCCCCCAGACCACAGAAUCUGUGCUUAGAGAGGAUGAAGUCCAGGCCGCAGAAAGCUGUCAGACGCAGGACUGA